AUGGAUUUUGAUACAAUUCGAAAUCAUUAUGGUAUUUUAAUUGUUCUUAGUACAUUUAUAAGUCGAAUUAUUUUUAAUGGUUUCUGUUGGAGUUAUGGAACAGUAAUUGCUCAGCUUAAAAAAAAACAUUUAAAUAUAUCCGAUACAGAAUUAAGUUUGAUUGGUAGUAUUGGACAAAGUUUUGGUGGUCUUCUUGCUCCAUUAAUUCUUUUCUUAGCUCGUCGAUAUGGUUAUCAAUUAACAUUUAUUUGUUCACUUCUCACAUGUGUUAUAUCAUUAUUUAUUUCAUCACUUAUUCAUAAUCUUCAUUGGUUAUUAAUAACUUAUUCAUUACCAUAUGGAUUUGCUAAUGCAGCUAUAUUCAUUCUUGGAACAUUAAUUUGUGGUCAUUAUUAUCCAGUUAAUCAACACAUCAAACAUAUUUCUAUAAUGUGUAUUAUAUCAACAGGUUUUCCAAUUGGUUAUCAUAUAAUGAGUGCUUGGGUAUUUUCAUCCAUUGAAAAAAACGAAUGGCAAGUAAUGAAAAGACAUCUUGCUUUCAUUGAAUUAAUUGCUACUUGUAUACUUGGUCCUAUUUUUACAAUGAAAUAUUCAUCCGAUAUACCAUUAGAAUAUCAACGUCCAUCGAUAACAGUUACACAGAAUAAUAAUAAUAAUCGAAAAAGUCGUUUUUCAUUACCAAUUAUUGUUUGGUUGAUAGGAAUAUUUACUACAAUGUCAGCAGUUAAUAAUUUUCUUCUUCAUUUGGAAAGCUAUUUGAAAUAUCUUGGUUUUGCCGCUGCUCGUGCUGAUCUUUGGUUUCGUUUACAUGGUUUAUUUGAUGCAUUAUUUCGUCUUUCAAUUCCACUUUUUAUUCAUUUAUAUCCCAUCAAUAUAAUUUAUCUAUUUCCAACAUGUGUUUUUACUGGUUUUAUCUUUUUAUUAUUAGCAUUCGGUUUGCUUUAUACAAGUAUAAAUGCAUUAGCAAUUUUACCAAUAGUUUUAUUUAGUUUUACAUCCGCUGUUACAACAUCAUUACAAUACACGGUUUCAAAUCAAUUAUUUGAUAAAGAUGAAAUAGAGCAAGGAUAUAUCUAUCAUGUAAUUAUUACAAGUCUUGGUUUAAUCUUAGGUCCAAUUAUUGGAGGUUUAUUUCUUGAUUUAACAGGAAAUUAUAAAUCAAUUAUGUUAAUAUCGCUAAUGUUUCUUCUGAUUAGUUUUAUUUCAUUUGCUUUAACAAUUUUAUUAUCGAAUAAGAAGGAAGAUACUCAUCAAUCCGAACAAAAUUAA